AUGGAAACAGUACUCAAAGGAGGAACCUACCAUUGGCCCAAAACGUUGAAAGGUGCAGGGGAUGCUGAAAUAGACACUCUGGAUCAGCAGCCCCAGCAGCAGCAAAACCUGUCUCUAAGGCGAAGUGGCCGGCAACCCAAGCGAACAGAAAGGGGAGAAUUUCUUACAACAGUGAGGCGUAGAGGAAGAAGGAAUGCCACUGUUUCACUGGAAGAUUCAGGCGAGGCAGCUUUGUCCAUGACAGAUGUUGAAACUGCUUCUGAAGGAAGUGAAGAAAGACACCUGAAAUUAAAUCUGGGCAAAAGUCUCACUCUAGAAAUGUUAAGGUCACUCUGCUCGACGAGAAGGAAGCCAAAGAUGAUGAUGAGUGAUACCUCUGAUAGUGACAAGCGAUGGGCUACGGCUUUGAAGGAACUUCAUCGUCUUAGACGGAAGCGUGAACAAGAACCCACAGAAUUGACCCUGAAAGGUAUCCAAAAUCGCCUUCGAAAGAAGCGUCGAGAAGAGGAUCCAUUACAGACAGUUGAUGUUGAGCAGGCAGUAUGGUCAAAACUGAACUGCCCAUUGAAACAAGAAGCCAUGGCUGCAGAUCGAGAUAGCAGAGCAUCAGGACCCAAAGAAGAUAGUCCAGAUAAGGUGGAAGUGAAAGCUCCCAUGGGGAUUAAAGACAAAGACGGAGAGCCAGAAGAGUUGGUGAAACGGAAGCAUGAAUGUGAGGUUUAUGAUCCUAAUGCCCUGUAUUGCAUUUGUCGCCAGCCUCAUAACAACAGGUAAAUUAUGAUAUGUUGUGAUCGAUGCGAAGAAUGGUUUCAUGGUGAUUGUGUGGGGAUUUCUGAAGCUCGUGGGAGACUUUUGGAAAGAAAUGGAGAAGAUUACAUCUGUCCAAAUUGCACUAUCUUACAAGUACAAGAUGAAUCAGUUUCAGAAUCAGAUCUCCAGGGAAGCUAAAUUUAGGCAUAAAAUGCUGAUGGCACAGAAUUUACAAGCAUUGGAACAGUUGAGCAAAAAUCAAGCGAGGACCAGGGAAUCAAGGGAAGAAUUGAGAAAGCUGCCAAAUCCAAGUGGCAAGAAAAACUGAAAAUAUUCCAACCUGUUAUUGAGACUCCUGGGGCCUCAAAAUGCAUUGGUCCAGGUUGUUCUAGUGUAGCUCAACCUGACUCUGUAUACUGCAGCAAUGACUGUAUCCUUAAACAUGCCGCAGCCACCAUGAAGUUUUUGAGUGCAGGCAAAGCCAAAACCAAAAGUGAAGAAAAGAUCAAGCCAAAACCGGAAAAAUCCAGUCUUCUGAAAUCUAGUACCCAGGUGGGUAUUAAACUGUCUUCUGUUCAGAAGAGACCAGCUCUGGACAAAAAAGAGAUCUGUGCAAAGAAAAUGGUUUUUGACAGCCAUAAGGAGACGAUAACUUCAGAAAGCAGCACACCAUCCUGGGCAAGCGAUCACAAUUACAAUGCAGUAAAGCCAGAAAAGACACUGGCCAUUUCAUCUUCACUGUUAUAUAAAUCUAUUAAAGAAGAAAAGAGGAUUGAAGAUAAGUCAGCAGUUCCAGUUGUAUCAAAAAAAGUGGUUGCUUCAACUUCGACCUCUGCAGUCGGAAAGCAGUCAUCUGUUAUAUCUAGAAAUUUAGCCCCCAAAAAAUCCACACCAAUUUCUAACCCAUCAGUUCCCAAACAACCAAUUAAAAAUUCUCCUGGAAAUUUCAAAGGUGUGAUCCCAAAAAAAUCUUGGCUUUCAGCCACUACAUCAGGCAGUGUUUCAACUACUAAACAGUCUGGACUCUCUUAUGCCACUGCAGGAUCCAGUUCUAAAAAAUUAAGUCUGUCGUCUUUAACUGGGGGGGUUAAAAAGACAGCAGGAUCUUCUAUUCCUACUUCUUCAUCUGUAGCAGCAAAAUUUGGAGCUAACCCCUCUCAGUCACAACCCAAUUCUCAAAUUCGACAGAAUAUUCGACGAUCGCUAAAAGAGAUUUUGUGGAAAAGAGUCAAUGAUAGUGAUGACUUAAUAAUGACGGAAAAUGAAGUGGGAAAGAUUGCCCUGCAUAUUGAGAAGGAACUGUUUAACUUGUUUCACGUUACAGACAACCGUUACAAAAGUAAAUAUCGCAGCAUUAUGUUUAACCUCAAGGAUCCUAAAAAUCAGGGACUCUUUCACCGUGUUCUACGUGAGGAAAUUCCUUUGUCAAAACUUGUAAGAAUGAAGCCUGAAGAACUUCUGUCUAAAGAGUUGUCAGUAUGGAAAGAGAGGCCCACAAAAUCUGUGGAGGCCAGAAAUAAACAGCCAAAUGAAAGCAAGAAACCUGCCACUAAACAGGAAGCUAUACCAGAUAUGGAAGAUUCUCCACCAGUGUCAGACUCAGAUGAGCAGCAAGAAUCAUCCCGAGUUGCACCUGAAAAAAGCAAUGCUCCUCUCCUUGAUAUUUUCAGCAGUAUGUUAAAAGAUACAACAAGUCAGCAUCGAGCUCAUCUUUUUGACCUGAAUUGCAAAAUCUGUACAGGUCAGGUACAGUCAUCAGAAGAUGAGCCGGCUAUAAAGAAAUCAAAAAAUUCAACCUCGGCUAAGAAGGUGGAACCAAAGUCAAAAUAUGACAGCACCGUGUCUGGGACUACUGCUCAGUCUACUGACGAAGUUGCUUCUGAAACCGCAGAUGACGCUACUCUUGAAUCAGAUGUCGAAAACAUUCCACAACCAAACGUGGAAAAAAAUUUUCCAGUAUCACAGGGACAAAGUAAUGCAGAGCCAUCUGUGCUGGAAGAAAGCUCAGUUUACCCAAUCUCCUGUGCUGCUGGAGUUGUUACUACUACAGUAACUGUAUCUGGCAGGGAUCCUCGAACUGCAAUGAGCAGUUCUACUGUUGCUUCAGCAUUGCGUACUAGUUCUGGCACUCUUACAGACAAAGGAGCAUCUACUGGAGAGACAAAACAAGAAAUGCCGAAACCUGUUGUGACCCCCACAGCAGUACCAAAAUCCAUAUUGGCAAAACCAUCUUCAUCACCAGAUCCAAGAUAUUUAGUGGUUCCGCCAUCACCAAAUAUUAACAUCCCGGAAUCACGGUCCCCUCAAGAAGGAGAUACUUCCCUCUUCCUGUCUCGCCUCAACACCAUUUGGAAAGGAUUUAUUAAUAUGCAAAGUGUAGCGAAGUUUGUCACUAAGGCAUACCCUGUCUCUGGGUGCUUUGAUUACCUCAGUGAGGAUUUGCCAGAUACAAUUCAUAUUGGUGGGAGGAUCUCACCGAAGACAGUCUGGGAUUAUGUUGGCAAACUCAAAUCUUCUGUUUCUAAGGAGCUGUGUUUGAUUCGCUUCCAUCCAGCAACUGAAGAGGAAGAAGUUGCCUAUAUUUCUCUCUACUCCUAUUUUAGCAGCCGAGGCCGUUUUGGUGUUGUAGCUAAUAACAACAGGCACAUCAAGGACCUCUACCUGAUUCCACUGAGUGCUAAGGACCCAAUUCCAUCCAAACUCUUGCCCUUUGAGGGACCAGGCCUUGAGUCCCUUCGUCCAAAUAUAAUUCUUGGUUUAGUAAUUUGUCAGAAAGUUAAACGCUCUUCGACUUCUGGAGAAUUGGACAAGACUGACGAAAAGCGAAACCGACUUCAAGCUCAAGAAGAAGCGGAAGUGUCAGUCUACCCCAAAGGAACUACAACUUCUCAACCAGAAAAGAAACAAUCGAAGUACCCGCCUAUUAGUACCACACCUCCAGGAUCUCCUCCACCUCCACCCCCUCUUCCAGAGCCAGCAACAGCCCCGGCAUCCUCUUCAGUUUUAAAAAUACUGUCAUCACUUAAAACAGGAGUGGGCCCGAGUAUUACAACUCCAUCAAUUCCAGUGACAGCCUCAACAGCCACUACAGUCCCAACUUCCUCUUCUGUUAAUUCGACCACUUCAAAAACAGCCUCACCACUAGAGCACAUUCUUCAGACUCUUUUUGGAAAGAAGAAAGCAUUUGAAUCCACUGCUAAGGACUCUGAACCUGUUCAGUCUUCAGGUAAUGAGGCUAAAAUACCUGUGGAUGAAGGAAUGACUACUACUCCAAUGCUUGAUCCAAUUGUUCAGCAAUUUGGUCAGAUGUCAAAAGACAAAGCUCUAGAGGAAGAGGAAGAUGAUAGACCUUAUGAUCCUGAAGAAGAAUAUGAUCCAGAGAAAGCCUUUGAAACCCCAGCUGCUGAAAGUGAAAAGCGGUAUGAGAUUGAAAACACCUGUGAAACAUCAGAAAAAGAAGAUGUGGCUUAUGACCCAGAAGAUGAAACCAUUUUAGAAGAAGCUAAAGUUACGAUUGACGACUUACCUAAUAAAAUGUGCACCGAUACAAAAAGUAGUUCCGCAGAAAAAUCAACCGAAUAUGGGACUGACGUAGCUGCUCCUUCUUUAGUAGAACAGCAGAAAAUGUUAGAAGAACUAAAUAAGCAAAUCGAAGAACAGAAAAGACAACUAGAAGAACAGGAAGAAGCCCUUAGGCAACAAAGGGCUGCAGUUGGGGUCUCAAUGGCUCACUUUUCAGUUUCAGAUGCUUUAAUGUCACCGCCUCCAAAAUCUUCUUUGACAAAGAAUGAAUUAUUCCAGCAAGAACAACAAACAGUAGAAAAGUCAGAUUCAUCUUCAUCCUCAAAUCAGCUGACCCCAGCAGUGAACCCAAGUUGUGAUCCGAGACAAAGUAGAGACCCUCGUCAAGCUAGGAGAAUGGUUACAGAGAAUAAUGAGGGUGAUAAUUCCCAGUCAAAGACACUUCUAAGUACAUUAGUUAGUGGUGCAUGUACAAAAGAGACUCCUGCAGCUGAUAAUUUGAGCCAGGUAUCAACACCAUCACAAGGAGAUAAAGAAAUAAUUCCUACUACUCAGUUGCCCUAUAGUAAUCAGUGGGUUUCAGGUGAAAAAAUGGCCACAUUUUCUGACCCGGGUGCUCCUAACAGUAAAACUGAAAAUUUAGAAAGCACAGCUAAACAGUCAGAAAGCUUGCAUCCAGUAGUUCCUGGGGAAGUUGCAUCAAAGCCUCUACGGAAAGUAUUGUUACCAACACCCACUAAUGCACCUCUGCAGACAAAUUUCUUUGGGCCAAAUGAUGGGUCAACUUUUAAUUCUAAAAUAGGGGCAAGAGAUCCUUUUCCAAAUGCAGCGUUUACAUCUCAGGAAAAAUCUCUUGGCUCAUCCCCGUAUGAAGAUCUCAGAAGUGUUCCGUUUCCAGAAAAAAGUGAUCCUUCGGUUCAAGCAGAAGGAGAAAGAGGAGCACAGUCUAAACCCAGUGAUGACAACAGAGGCAAUUCUUCAUUCCCUCUACCUGGACAAAAGGGAGGUCCACCUCAGCCACAGUUUCAAGGACAAAAUGAACCUCCAUCACGAAAUUUUGGUGCAUCUUUAGGAUCUCAUGCACCAAAUUUUCCAGGACCAAGAGGACCAGGACCUCAGUUUUCAGAAGAAAAUACUGUUUCCAACAAUGAUGGACAAAGAGGGCCUCCACCUGCCAGAUUUGGACAAAAAGGGCCUAUUCCUUCAUUAUUCUCUGGGCAGCAUGGGCCACCUCCUUUCAAUGACAACAGAGGUCCUUCAACAUAUCUUGCUGGGUCACGAGGAGUAUCACCAUCCCAAGUGGAAGAUCGUAGGGAUCCUCAUGGGGAAAAACGAGAGUUUCAAGAGUCUCAAUACAAUGAGAUGACCGGACCUCCUUCACAGUAUGAAGGGCCAGAACAGUCCCAGUUUAUGGGAAAUAGAGGGCCAACACCUUUCCCUUUUGGAGGCCAAAGAAGACCUUUGUUAUCUCAAUUUAAAGGACCUCGAGGAGGACCUCCGCCUUCUCAGUUUGGAGGGCAAAGAGGACCUCCACCUGGUCAUUUUGUGGGCCCCAGGGGCCCACAUCCCAACCAGUUUGACGGUCCCCGGGGCCCCCAUCCCAACCAGUUUGAUGGCCCCAGGGGCCCCCAUCCCAACCAGUUUGACGGCCCCAGGGGCCCUCAUCCCAACCAGUUUGACGGCCCCAGGGGCCCUCAUCCCAACCAGUUUGACGGCCCCAGGGGCCCACAUCCCAACCAGUUUGACGGUCCCCGGGGCCCCCAUCCCAACCAGUUUGACGGCCCCAGGGGCCCCCAUCCCAACCAGUUUGACGGCCCCAGGGGCCCCCAUCCCAACCAGUUUGACGGCCCCAGGGGUCCCCAUCCGAACCAGUUUGAUGGUCCCAGGGGCCCCCAUCCUAAUCAGUUUGAUGGCCCCAGGGGCCCCCAUUCCAACCAGUUUGAUGGCCCCAGGGGCCCCCACCCCAAUCAGUUUGAUGGUUCUAGGGGCCCCCAUCCCAACCAGUUUGAUGGCCCCAGGGGCCCCCACCCCAACCAGUUUGAUGGCCCUAGAGGUUCAGCUCCUAAUUUCAUGCAAGGCCCUCGGGGAAUUCAGCCACAACAAUUUGAAGAACAAAGGGUAAAUUCACCACCAAGAUUUGCAAAUCAGAGAGGUCCAGCCCCACAUCAGUUUGGUGGACCAAGAGGAUCCGCACCGUUUUCUGAAAAAAAUGAACCGCCCCCUUCAAGAUUUCACUUUCAGGGGCAGUCUCAACAAGGUAUGAAAUCAGGUCCCAGGCCGCUGCUUGAUCUUCCAAGCCACCCACCCCAACACAGGAAGGAGAGGUGGGAUGAAGCUGGCCCUUCUGCUUCCUUAUCAAAUACAUCUGGGCAGGGACCCGAAUCAGAGGCCCAGUGGCCUUCAUCAGACUUCAGAGAUGGCAAAAAUCAUGAGUUCAGAAACCAGAAUUUUGAAGCCAGACCACGAGAUAGGUUUGAAGGAGGUUCUAAAGAAAAGCCAUUAGAUGAGCCUGAAACUCAGGCAUCAGAGAAUCGACAAAGCAGAGGAUUUGAAGAAAGAAGAAGAGACCGGGAUCAUAGUAAACCUUGGGAGAGAGACCGAAGCAGAAACUGGAGUAGGGAGAAGGAAAGAGACUGGGAAAGAAACAGAGAUUGGGAAAGACACAGAGAAAAAGACACAAAUCGCGAGUGGGAUAAAAACAAAGAAAGAAACCCAAACAAAGACAAAGAAAGAGAAUCAGAACGGAACAAGGAUUGGGAAAGAAACCGAAGCAGAAAUAGAGAUCGGGACCGUGAAAGAGAUCGAGACAGAAGACGGGAUCGGGACAGAUCAAGAAGCAGAGACCGGGAUCGGGAUAGAUCAAGAAGCAGAGACCGGGAUUGGGAUCGAGCAAGAGACAGAGACCGUGAACGUGACAGAGACCGUGAAAAAGAUAGAGAUCGAGAUCGAGGAAAAGAUCGUAAGGAUCGAAGUAAAAGUAAAGAAAUUAGGGAUUUGAAACCAGAAGAACCGAAGGAAAUAAAAAAAACAGCUGAAGUAGAAGGUUCAUCAUCUUCCUCCCAGACAUGAACCUAAUUGUACCCCACACUUGCCUGACUUGUAUAUAAAAGACUUCAUUUGGGGUUUUUGGUGUACAUAUUCUCAUCUUUAUGAAAAUCCCUCUUAAAGCCAGCCUUACAAAAUGUGUUGAUGAACGAAGACAUUUUUGAACAUUUAUGAACAUUGUUUGGUAGAUGAAAACAAGAACAUAACAGACUUCAGUUUACUGUAAUUUUCUGUGUAACAUGUUUUCCUACAAAAUUUCACUUCUUUACAAUUCUAAAAUCCUUUUUUUUUUUUACUUGGGGUUCUUAAAAUUUCCAUUUAUAAUUAAUGCAAAAAUGGGAAAAGUCUACAAAAAGCAUAUUGCUUUUUCAGAAUAUAAAGUUAUGUUUUCCAGUAACUUGACUAUUGUAAUUUUAUAAGGGAAUUUCAUUGGACCUUCGGAGCCAUACCUUUACAUCUCAUGUAUCUGUAAAAAAAAAAAAAUGUUUCUACAGGACUGUAGUAAAGUGCUUUAUAAGGGGGCUACAUAUUGCUGUCCUGUGUUUUUACAAUAGGUGGACUGUAUGUAUUUAUCAAAAGACUGUGGAAAAACAGUAUUACUAGAAUAAUUGGAGUAUUAAGAAAUGCUAAGCUUAUAAGUGCACUAUCCUUCCUUUUUGAUAUAAAGGAAUCUGAAUUAUGAUAUUCAACCAGGAAAGAAUUUUGGUUUAAAAUACAACAUGGUAUUGCCAGAUUUAUAUUGCCAUACAAAAUGUUAUAAUGUCCCUAAAUCCAAAAUAUACCUGUUGUUUUUAAACAGUUCAUGGGAAAAUGAUUAGAAUAUACAAAUUUAGCCAAAAAUAAAUUGUGUGCAUCUUAAAAUUAUUUUGGUUGUUCUGAGUAAUGAAAAACAUUUUGUUUGCAGAAUGUUCCUGUUUAACUCUUCAUUAUUCCAGUAGGAUAUAUCUAAAUUCUGAACUGUUAAUAUUUGUCAGUCAAUAAUACUGAUAGUGUAUUUAAAAGUUUACCACUGAAAAUAGAAACAUUUGCAUAAAGUCUGAAAUAAAAGUGAUAUUAGUUAAAGUACUAAAAACUAAGUGGAAAAGCUUCACUGUGAAAUACAGUAUACUUCUUUUCAUGUAUUUUUCGAGUACUUCUGAAUUGUGAAAUAGAAAAUCUUGCUAAUUUAUUUGACUGUGUACAAAUACACUUUGCUAAUUUUUUAUAUUUUCAUAAAUGACUUUUGCAAAUGUAAAGUUAGAAAAUAUCAUUUGCUUCUUGGGGUCUGUUGCUCCAUUGUACAUCACUACGUAUUUUACACUUUAUAAAUAGACAAAUUUUCAGGUUCCUAAAACAUCAAGAACUUAAAGUCAUUUGGGUGAUCUGUGUAUCCAAUAGUUAAAAUGUUAAAUUACGUAGGUAUAAAGCUCAAGUAUCCAGUGUGAUAUACGUUUUUAAAAGAACAACUAAAAUGUUUCUAAUUUACACCUAAAAAUGUAAAAAUUUAGUGUGUUUGUUUAGGUUUACUUGAUAGAAACUUCUGUAAAUUGUAUUUUAUAUCACAAAGUAUAUCACUGUACAUUAAAACAUGGGACUUCGUAAGUUUUUGUUACUAUAAGUAGAAUAAACAUCUACAAAAAAUGUC